AUGGAAUUUACCCAGCAGGUCGAUCCCAAAUCGUCACCGCUCACCCGUCGGGAUUCACUGAAGCCACGGCGCAGUCCCACGUCGAGGAUCUCCGAACUCUUUGGACGCGACAAGACUGGCCCUGGGAUUGGAAGCCAGCAACAGCGACAACAGCAAGCACCAACCUCUGCAGAAAAACCGCUGGGUGCAGUCACAUCUGGCUUCGGGAUUACUUCCAGCGCAGCAGGAAAGGGGGCUGGGCCGGAUACGCCAGCGAAAUCGUCGCAAGUGCAGCAACCACAGGCCAAAGUCCAGGCAAAGGCUGCACAGGGAGGUGGUAUGAUCAAUCCACUUAGAGGACGCUGGGGAUGGGGACGGACAAGAUGA